AUGGCACCCGCCAUCUUGGGCCCGGCUGGUUUGAUCUGGCUUCUUGUGGAGCGCUGCCCGGACGGGCGUCUGACUUCGCUGAUAGGUGGCUACGGUUCUCUGUUUGCUCUUCUCCAGGGACCGCUGACAUUCAGGGAUGUGGCCAUAGAAUUCUCUCAGGAGGAGUGGGGAUGCCUGAGCCUCGUUCAGCGGGAAUUGUACAGGGAUGUGAUGUUAGAGAACUAUGGAAACCUCCUCUUCCUGGGUCUUGUUGUGUCAAAGCCAGACCUGGUCAUCUUUUUGGAGCAAAAGAGGGAGCUCUGGGAUGUGAAGGGAAAGGAGACAGUAGCCAUCCACCCAGAUCUCAUUGUGUGGAAACCAAACCUGGUCCUCUUUUUGGAGCAAGAGAAGGAGCUCUGGGAUAUGAAGAGAAAGAAGAGAGUAGCCAUCCAUCCAGCUGUAUCUUCAAAUGGCACCCAGAGUUUCCUGCCAAAGCUGUGCAUAGAAGCUUCUUUCCAAAACGUGGCAGUGGGUAGAUAUAAGCAUAGUGCCCUUGACAAUUUACACUUAAUGAUAGACUGGAAAAAUGAUGGGGAGAGUGAAGAGCAUCAAAGAUAUCAUGAAGGACACAUCCAAACUGAGACAACUGUCCAUAAUAUGAAUCUCACUGCCCAAAAUGAUGAAGAAUAUAAAACACUUGGGAAAAUAUCCCUUCUUAAGUCUGCUACUUCUGCAAAGCAGUGUCUUUCUGUAAGCAAGGGCUCAAAUCAAAUGGUGAAACAUACGUGUUUGGAGAACGAGAAUUUGGAAAAUCUGGAAAGUUGCCUAGUCCAUGCUGAAAAUAAUUAUUUGAACCAUUUUGAAAGUAGGAUUGGAUUGACCUUUGAGUCAAAUAUUUCUGAAAAUCAGAGAUUUAAAAAUGAAGAACAAAGUGCUAAGUGGGAUUCAUUUGAGAGGUCCUUCACCAAGGAGUCGACCCUACAAGAUGACCAGAGCAUUUUCAAUGAAAAUAGUAUUGCUCAAUGCAGUGACUCUGAGAACAAAUUUAACGAGGGUUCAAAUGUUAAUAAAUGCAUGAGGACUCAUUUUCCAGAGAAUCAUUAUGAGUGUGAUAAAUGUGUGGAAGUCUUUUAUCAAAGCUCCAACCUGAUUAUACAUAAGAGUAUCCCUAUGGGAGAGAAUCCUUAUAAAUAUGAGUGUGGGAAAUCUGUUAACCAGUCCCGCAAUGUUGGUGAUUAUCAGAGAAUUCAUAUGGAAAAAAACAUACACAGAUGUAAUAAACCUGUGAACAUGUUGAGUCAAUCAUCAGGACUAAACAUACAUAACACAGUCGCUACUGGACAGAAAACUUACAUUUGUGAGGAAUGUGGUAAAGCUUUUGACUGGCACUCAACACCAUCUCAACAUCAGCCAAUGCCUACUGGAGAGAAACCUUACAAAUGUGAAGAAUGUAGCAAGGUCUUUAUCCACCACUCACACCUUAUUCAACAUGACAGAAUUCAUCCUGGAGAGAAACCUUACCAAUGUGAAGAAUGUGGAAAGGCCUUUAACCAGCACUCAAUGCUUACUCGACAUCAAAGAAUUCAUACUGGAGAGAAACCUUAUCAAUGUGAAGAAUGUGGCAAGGCCUUUAACCAGCACUCAAACCUUAUUCAACAUCACAGAAUUCAUACUGGAGAGAAACCUUACCAAUGUAAAGAAUGUGGCCAGGCCUUUAACCAUCACUCAAGCCUUACUCAACAUCACAGAAUUCACAGUGGUGAAAAACCUUACAUAUGUAAAGAAUGUGGCCAGUCCUUUAACCAGCACUCAAACCUUACUCGACAUCACAGAAUUCAUAGUGGAGAGAAACCUUAUAUAUGUAAAGAAUGUGGCCAGGCCUUUAACCAGCACUCAAAACUUACUGAACACCUCAGAAUUCAUACUGGAGAGAAACCUUACAUAUGUAAAGAAUGUGGCCAGGCCUUUAACCGGCACUCACACCUUACUCGACAUCACAGAAUUCACAGUGGAGAGAAACCUUACCAAUGUAAAGAAUGUGGUAAGGCCUUUAACCAGCAGUCAAAGCUUACCGAACAUCACAGAAUUCAUACUGGAGAGAAACCUUAUAUAUGCAAAGAAUGUGGCCAGGCCUUUAACCGGCAUUCACACCUUACUCGACAUCACAGAAUUCACAGUGGAGAGAAACCUUACAUAUGUAAAGAAUGUGGUGAUACCUUUAUCCAGCACUCACACCUGACUCGACAUCACAGAAUUCAUACUGGGGAGAAACCUCAAAAAUGAAAUGAAUGUGACAAAGCCUUUUACCAGCACACAAUACUUUCUAAACAUCAGAGAAUACAUACUGGGAAGAAAUCUUACAAAUGUAAACAAUUUGGUGAAACCUUUAAGCAUUGCUUAAAACUUCUUUGA